UGUAUCAGUUUCUUCAUCCCUCAAUUUUCAUUCUUCAUAAGUACUAAGCUUUGAACAAAAAAAAAAGAAUGGGUUCCAAGGCAAUUCUGUUUCUUGGCCUUUUUUUGGCUAUUUUCUUAAUGAUAAGCUCUGAGGUUGCAGCUAGAGAGUUGGCUGACACCUCCAACUCGGUGAAAUUGGAUAACGAGAAUGAAGUAGAGGUUGACGGAUAUCAUUAUGGCGGAGGCUACGGCAAACGCAAGAAAUGUUAUAGUUGCUGCAAAAAAACUAAAUAUGGAUGCAAAAAGUAUUGCUGCUCCUAUGAAGAAUAUGUGGCUAUGGGAAAAGUUAUUUCUCCAUCCUAUAAUUUCAAGUAUCAUAAGCUAAGUUUUGUGGGAAAAGAAAUGGAUUCUAAGGCAUUUAUGUUCCUUGGCCUUUUUUUGGUUAUUUAUGUAAUGAUAAGCUCUGAGGUUGUAGCUAAAGAGUUGAGUGAGACUUCAGAAGAGAAGUCAAAGAAAUCCAAUAACAAAAAUGCAGUACAUGAAGACCAAUUUGGUGGCUACCCUGGCGGCGGAUACCCUGGUGGUGGUGGUGGAUAUCCUGGCGGCGGAUACCCCGGUGGUGGAUACCCCGGAGGUGGUGGCAGAUACCCUGGCGGCGGUCGCGGUGGUGGUGGAUACCCUGGCGGCGGUCGCGGGGGUGGUGGAUACCCUGGCGGCGGUCGUGGUGGAGGUGGAUAUCCCGGUGGUGGCCGUGGUGGUGGUGGAUAUCCCGGGGGCGGUCGCGGUGGUGGUGGAUAUCCUGGCGGCGGUCGCGGUCGUGGAUAUCCUGGCGGCGGUCGCGGGGGUGGUGGAUACCCUGGUGGUGGUGGUGGUGGAGGAGGAUACUGCAGCAAUGGUUGUUGCAACGGCAAUAACUAUGAGUGCUAUAGGUGCUGUUAAUUAUGUGGAGCAAUAUAUAUAAAACUUUUGUAAUGGCAAAGAUGUAAUACUAGUGAUUAAUACUCUUGCUACUUUAAUUUCUAGAACUUCUUGUAAGAAUUAUGAAAUAAAAAACCAUCAUGUAUGUAAUGUUUGUUAAUUAUAUAUACUAUAGUGUGUGACAAUAUUUUUCAUAA